GUUCAGACACCGCCUUGUUACAGUUCCCGCUCUUACAGCGAUAAUAAACCAUCUAUUUGUGGGGCUAAAAUAGCAGGAUUUUACGAUGGAGGCCUUUUAAUAACUUUUCUGAUCGCAAGGUGGCCUGAAGUUAAUUAACCAACAUGAGCUGGGGGGCGUUGUAUUCCCAGCUGGGCGGCGUGAACAAGCACUCCACUAGCCUUGGCAAGAUCUGGCUGUCUGUCCUCUUCAUCUUCCGCAUCACUAUCCUGGUACUGGCUGCCGAGAGCGUCUGGGGCGACGAGCAGUCCGACUUCACCUGCAACACGCAGCAGCCUGGCUGCAAGAACGUCUGCUAUGACCACUUCUUCCCGGUCUCGCACAUCCGCCUCUGGUGCCUGCAGCUCAUCUUCGUGUCCACUCCUGCGUUCCUGGUGACCAUGCACGUGGCCUACCGCAAGCGAGGGGUCAAGAGGGACCUCUACGCCACGCGGGGGGGAGAGAAGCCCAAGGACGACGACCUGGAGAGUCUCAAGAAGCGACGGCUGCCCAUCACUGGCCCCCUGUGGUGGACAUACACCUGCAGCCUGUUCUUCCGUCUGAUCUUCGAGGCCGGCUUCAUGUACGCCCUCUACUACGUCUACGGUGGCUUCCACAUGCCCAGGCUGGUCAAGUGUGAGCAGUGGCCUUGCCCCAACAAGGUGGACUGCUUCAUGUCCCGUCCCACGGAGAAGACGGUGUUCACCAUCUUCAUGGUGGGCUCCUCGGCCAUCUGUAUGCUUCUUAACCUUGCCGAGCUGAUCUACCUCAUCUGCAAGGCCCUGUUGCGGUGCUCGGCACGAAUGCAGAGGAAGAAGCAUGCCUACAUGCCGGAGAAUGCAACGAAGGACAAGGCUUACUUGCAGAACAAAAAGAAUGAGAUGUUACUGUCGUCCUCUACGGACUCCAGCACUGGCAAGGCGGUGUGAAGCCCCAGCAAUGUGGCCUCUGAACCCCGACCCGCCCAAAAACAGAGGCCACUGAAGAUUACAUGGAAGUGUUCAGUAUUCUAACAGAUUUUAAAGUUUUUCUUUUUUAGUCAUUGUUUUUUUUUUGUUUGUUUUUUUUCACCCCAUUGGCAUUUUAAUUUUAGAAGUGCCAUAUUUUGGGAAGACAUGAAGGUUUAAUCAACUUUGUUAUUUUAUAGCUUCAUCUUCUGUGUAGAUGGAGUGCGUAUUCUUAGACAAGCAGUGAAUGUCCUUAUGUGGUUUAUAUGAAUGAAAUGAAGGUAAUUUAAUUUCUAUACAACGGCCCUCUUAACUAUUACAUGACCUUAAUGCAAACAUAUCAGAAGGAGCAGCAGUGACAUCUAGUGGUAAAUGUCAGCCAUAAUCAUUUCACAACUGUUGAGCAUUAUUUUUGUUGAAGGUAUAAUGCCAACUUACUUAGUUGAAACACUGAGGUUGUCAAAGAAAACAAAACAUAGCUUCUUUCCAUCAUGUGUGUGCUCCACUCCACAAUGCUUACUGAAAUAGUCUGUGCCUUAGUGUUUGCAACCCCACUUCAGUCAAGAGCUGUACACUUCCAAGUCAUUUUGAAGUCAUUCAAGGGUUUUAACGUUUAUUUGGCAUGUGCUCCGUUGUUUUGUUCAGUUUUUAAAGAUAUUCUUCAAAUCAAGAUAUUCUUCAAAGACUUUGCCAGUUGUGUCAUUUUUUUUAAAACUAACUUAAAAGAAGUAUUUAGUUUCUUUAAUAAACUAAAAUGUGGCAUUAGUGCUUGUGUUAAGUGCAGUUCCUAUGUGCCAUGUGGCCUUCAGCAAUGAGGACUGACAUCUCCACUUCCAGCUUUUAUAGUAGAAGAAGGGGGAUAUUCCCAAAUAAAUAAAAGUUGUAACAUCAGGUCAACCUGGCUACAUCUUAGGGCUGUAACAAACUAACUUGAAAGUAAUUAUCGUGAGUCACAUCAUUUUCAGUAACUUAACACAUAGCCUGUCUAGUCAUAUGGCAUCAAGUCAAAUGUCAAAGGCACGUCAUCUGUGUGUUUAGGUGCGCCUACCGUCUGCCACCUGCCACGCUCAAUCCAUUUCGCCAAAAGAGUUGGGCAAGGCUACUUGUUAUCAGUUACCCUGUUAGUCGGGCCAGGGUAAAUGCAACAAUUCCAACAUGUCGCCUUAAGAAAGGUAUAGGAUACCCCGAGCACCAAGCUCAGCCGGCGGCGGAUCACUUUUCAGGCCGUUUAUUUUAGCCGCAAUGCACUUACACUGUACGCUACCACGUGUUUCUUUGAGCGCUUGUCACUAAUGUCAAUAGGCCAUGGAAAUACAUGACUGGGAACAACGCUGCAGUAGCCUACCUAUGCUCCAUGAAAUGGAUUGUUUUUCCGCCACCCAAAAUUCUAACUGGGAGGCCUGUGGUGGAAUGCGAUUAUCUGAUCACGUAAGAUAUCAUCUGUCAUGUAAGAGCAAUUGCUGGUUCGUUUUUUCGUCUGUUUGAUCUUCCACUCCAGAAUGACACUUAAAUGUUUAUUGAAUUGACAUGGUUAUCCACCUUGUCCAGCAAAAGAGCAGGCCCACAUUGGGUUCACGAUGAGUCUGUCAUUCACUAAGUUUAAUUCAUGUACACAGAAAACAAAAUUAAAAGAUCUCUUCAAAUUAUGAAGGGAGAUAUUGGUUGACUUUUAUACAUGGAGGCUUGUUAACGCUUUAUAUGUAUGACUGUUAGUUGCACUUUUCAUUCAUCUGCCUUUACUCUGCCAUAGAAUCAUGUCUUCGAUUAAAUGAGAAAGAAGCACAACAUGUUUA